AUGCCAAGGUGUCAGUUAACAGGUCAUGGGAAUGCAUCAUCAAGUUCCUCUAAUUGUGGCCUACCUACCGUCAAGAACCGCAAAAGGUACUCGAGCUGUUCUCUAACCCGGAUUUUUCAAUUUCUUUCUAUCCAGAUUGCAUUUGUAGUUGUGCUGUCGCACGAAAAAACAGGAUCGAGUUACAUUCCAGUGGUAAGAAGCAUAGGUUCGUCUUUUAAAAGAGAGACAUGCUUUGGUGGAGGAAAUCUGAUUAAGAUUUACACAAACCAAUGUCAAGUUGUAAACGGAAAGAAGCAGUGUCCGGUUUACUGCAAUGGCAGAGGCACUUUCGACCAACAGACAAGAUUUGAGAUCGUGAAGCACAAUAGAAAGAAGUGUAUUCAGUUUCAGGACGGAAACACCAGAUAUUCGUUGAAAGUCAUAAAUGGGACGGACGUAAUUUUUGAGGAACAGUCGGCGUGCGACACAGCAACCAGCCAUGACUUCUUAUUCAAAGAGGAGAAAAAUACCGCCGGAAAAUUUACAUACAAAUACACCUCGAGUACCAAUAAGGCCAUGUACCUCGGAGUUAGUGCCAACUGCUCUGAUGACAAUCUAUAUUUUCUUUCCACAACUAAUCAAGACAAACGGUGUUUCAUGGAGAGAUGGUCUUGACUGUAUGUUGAUUUCACAAAGUUCUGAAUUUUUAAAGACA